AUGUCUCCAGGACGGAUAGUUGAAGCAAACGAGUACGACUUCAUUGUGUGUGGCGGAGGCACAUCAGGAUGUGUGGUAGCGGGCAGACUUGCCGAAGACCCCAAUGCUCGCAUUCUCGUUGUCGAGGCUGGGCCUCAUAACAAAGAUCUCGAGAACGUCCACAUGACCGGUGGCUGGUCGAAGAAUUUCGAUGGAGAACUCGACUGGAACCUGAUCACUCCGCCCAUGAAAGGUAUCGACGACAGGCAAGUCAAGCUCAGCCGAGGCAAGUUCUUGGGAGGGUCCAGUGGUGUCAAUGGCACCGUGUGUGUCAGGGGCAGCAAGCAAGACUACGACGACUGGAAUCUUCCGGGAUGGUCAGGAGAAGAAUUCUUCGGGUACAUGCGCAAGAAGGCCGAGACAUUCCAUCCUAAGCCGUGGUUUCAAGCGGACGAGAAAGCCCACGGUUACAGUGGCCCGCUCCAUACAGAGCCGCAUGAUGUUGCACCUAUCUCGAACCUGCUACUCGAAAGCAUGCAAGACAUGGGUUUGCCAUUGGUGCAUGACAUGUUCAGCAACGGCGAGACCUCUCACGGCUGCGGCCAUGCACCCCGAACUGUCCACAAAGGCAUCAGAUCUACCGGCGCGGACUUCGUGACCAACGACCAGCAUAAAGCCAAUAUCGACCUCGUCGUUGAAACCAUUGUGGACAAGAUCAACUUCGAGGAGAGGAAUGGUGAAUUGCAUGCCACUAGCGUGGUGCUUGUCGACAAGAACGGCACAAAAAGAGAAGUCAAGGCCGGAAAGGAAAUUAUUGUCUCUGGAGGCGCAUAUUGUUCUCCAGCAAUUCUCCUUCGAUCUGGCAUCGGUCCCAAGGCCGAGUUAGAACAGUUGGGCAUCAAGUGUCUUGUUGAUUCCCCCGGAGUUGGAAAGGGUUUGAUGGAUCAUCUUAUUGUGUUUGCCUUUUACGAGGUCACCAAGGAAGGGUUGACCAACGAUCAUCUUGUGUACCAUGGGGACGCUGCCACGGCUGCAUAUAUGCUAUACAAGGAAAAGAAGGAAGGAAUCCUCUCCACCUUCCCGUUUGGCGCCUUUGCCUUCGCGAGGCUAGAUAAUCGCUUGAAAGAUGAGCCACUGUGGAAGGAGGCAAAGAGGGAGCCCGGCCGUGACCCGAUGGGCCUGACUCCCAAGCAGCCCAACGUUGAAUUUUUCACCACCGAGUUGUACGGUGGUCCUAAACAAUAUGAUCAAUUUCCCAUUGACAAGAAGCACGCCUUUGCCAUGAUAACCGAGCUAUUUUCACCUCGGUCAAGGGGCACAGUUACUUUGAAGUCCAAGGACCCUCUCGAGAACCCUGUGGUUGACUGCAAUUACCUUGCCGACCCGCUCGACAUGCUGGUUGUCUCCGAGGGCGUCAGGCUCGGCAACGAGAUUGUCAUGAACCUGAACAAGGUUGCCAAAGAAGAGGUUGUGAAAGGAUCGUGGCCAUCAGAUCUGACACAUCACGCUUACACCAAACGGCAAGAAUGGGUGCCUUAUGUCAAAAAGGAGGGUACCACAUGCUAUCAUCCUGCAGGGACUUGCAAGAUGGGUCGGGACGACGACAAGAUGGCCGUUCUUGAUGAGAAGCUUCAAGUCCGCGGAGUGAAAGGCCUCAGCGUUGCUGAUACCAGCGUGAUGCCUACUUUGAAUGGUGGCCACACUCAAAUGCCAGCGUACGGCAUUGGCGAGAAAGCAGCUGAUCUGAUCAAGGCACGAUGGUCCAAGGCGUAG